AUGCGGGGCUGGGUCGAGGUGUCGCUCCCUUUGGGCAUGCUUGCGGCAGUGUGCGGCACGGGGGCACUGCUCAACAAGCCAUCAAACGCCAGACCACCUUCCAUGCCGGGCGAGGAGCUGGUGUGGGACGUGCUGCUGGACUUUGAGCGCCUGCCGUCCUUUCUUCCAAACCUGACGGCCUGCCAGGUGGUGGCCCGCCCCCACGUGGGCCGCCUGCAGGUCCUGCAGCGUGGCAGCGCCCACAGCUUCCUCUGGCACCUCCAGGCCCAGGCGCUGCUGGACCUGGUGCUCUGGCAGGACGGCGUGGGGGUGCGCAAGGCCAAGUUCCGGAUGGUGGAGGGCGACUUCAAGGACUUUGCGGGGUGCUGGUCUGUCACCGCCACCCUGCAUCGUGGGCGGCCAGCGACGCGGCUGGUGUACGAGGCCACGGUGGUCCUCAACUGGCCGCUGCCGCGCAGCAUCGUGGCCUACAUGGUGAAGAACGGACUGGCGCAGAACUUGGCGGCCAUCGCGGCCCGAGCCGUCCAGCUGGAGAGGGGCAGGGAGCGUGAGGACAGCGCUGCCUCCUCGGAUGUCCAGGAAGACUCCUCCUCCGCAAAGCCCUGGUCCUUUGGCUCCGCCCAGGACUCCAAGGCCUGGGAGGCUGCUGCGCGGCCAUCGUACCUCGGCAUCGCCUCCGUCCCGCUGCCUGCCAGGGUGCCUGGGCCCGUAACAGAGGGAGCGCCCCAGGGCGUGCAGGUGCAUCUGCGACGCCUGGACGAGCUUUCUUCACUGCAUCGCCGCGUGGUCGCCAGCGUGGCCGUCCACGCCCCCCGCGCCGUCAUCUGGGAGGCCCUGACAGGCUACAGUGACCUGCCCGGCAUCAUCCCCAGCCUGGAGACCAGCGAGGUCUGCAGCAAGCGGGUGGGAUACCUGUCGCUCCAGGCGCAGGCGGUGAUGGAAGUCCUGGAGAAGGAGCAGAGAGAAAUCCAGUUCCGGCAGGUGGAGGGCGACCUCGACUUCUUCCGUGGCAAAUGGAUGGUGGAGGACGACGUCGAGGAGGAGACGGGCGUGCCUGUCUGCAAGGUUACGUAUGCCGCCGAGGGCAAGCUGCAGCACAGCGCGGCCGUCACGCAGGUCCUGGAGCCCCUCCUGGAAAAGGUUGACUGGCUGGCUUGGUGGGGGGCGGAAAAGUUGGAGGAGAGCUUCCGGCGCCUGGCCGAGGAGGUGGAGGCCGCGUAUGGCAAGCAUCGCAUGAUCCCGCCCCGGGAUGUCUUGCGCGCCGAUGGGCGGUCCCACCUGGAGAAAGCCAUCUCCCAGCAUGGGGGCAUGGCGGUCGUGCUGGCGAGGCUGGGAUGGGCGGCCGCCAAGCGGGCCCGGAAACCGCGUGGCUACUGGUCCAACCUGGAGAAUGUGCGCGCUGAGAUCCGCGCCUUCAUCAUCGAGCACCACCUGCCAGAGGGCAUCAUGCCGCACAAGACGACGUUCGUGCGGUGCGGCAGGCACGACAUUGCCCGGGCGGUGGAGCGCUUGGGGGGCCUGCACCACCUCACCACCGCGCUGGGGUACAGCAAUCCCAGGCCUGCAGGGGCCGGCGCGACGCAGUGGCAGGCACAUGUGUCCAAGGUCGCUGCCGUCACCAAGCUCUCCGGCAAGCAGGGGCUGUUUCACGUGGCAGCAUGCACAUACGACAAGGAGCCCAAGGAAGACGGGCAGGACCAGGGGGAGAGCGGGGUGUCGUAG